AUGACCUCCCAGGCCGUCAAGGGAAUCAAAGCCUGGAACGACAUCAUAGGUGCUAAGUUCAUCUACCUGGUGUCUACCACCCUAUUUCCGUUCUUAAAAGAUGUCGCUGACGAGUUCUUUCCUACAAUUGCAGAGGAUCUUGCUGGACGCAUUAUCUGCAACCUUUCCUAUUGGAACCAAAUGAUCAAGAAUUGUACAGCCUCUGGCGCUUCGAAAUUGACGUGCCCUGUCAGUAAUCUUGACAAGUGGGAUACUGAAUAUUCGAUCGACUUGGAUACCUACGGAACCAAUUCAGACAGCGAAUCAACAAAAAGAUAUCUUCAUAUAUUGGACAGGCGUGAUGGUGCUCCCCGGGAAUUCACCAUCAAUUGUGGUAUUGUUCCAGUGACAGGCCUGAAGCGAAUCAUGAUCAUCACGUCAGUAGCCUAUCCAAAUGGUGGAAAUGGUGACAACCUGCAACGUGCUAAUGGAUGA